CUCAUUCAGGGACGGUCAGCGGCCAAGUAGCUUACUAAGCAAUUACCCUGAAUGCGUCCGCUGACUUAGAAUUCUGUGUCAGCGGCUGACAAAAUAGGUUAGCACUUAAGUUUUCAGCUGUUUGUACUCAGCGCCGUCAGCGUUCUCGUCAUAACCUCACAAAAGAACUGCAAAGUGCAAACUCAUAUGCGAACUGCAUUAAAAAUAACCUAAACCUUUCACGCCAAAUAGUUAUUACUUGUAGACCAGUGUGCAGGACAAGAUGAACAAGGUAGUUAUUGUGGAAAAUUACGUCGUCGGUAAAAAUAAUACCAUACGGUUGCGGCCGGUACCCACACCUUCAACAAGUAAUUAUUUAAAUUACCAAAACGAUACUACAGUCGAUGAAAGUGAAGUUGAUGCGAUGUAUAAUGAAGGUGCAAACUAUACACGUUAUUCCUGUAAUGCAUUACUUACGACUGUUUUAGAGAUCGAAUUAGAAGGUGGUGACACAAACAAUUUGGAUGCUGUGCAAGAUGCAGAAGCUAGUAAAGAAGGUGAAAAAUUUAGAUGGAGUCGCCAAAGCAUUCUGUUCUUCAUAGAUGAAUACGAAAAGUUAAUCGAAAAAUUUAGAAAUCCGAAGUAUAAAAAAAAAGAUCUGUGGAAUGAGAUCGCAGGGAAAAUGAAGAACAAAGGAUAUACAGUGUCAUCUGACGCACUUGAUAAAAAAAUGCGUAAUAUGCGUAGUACCUACAUAAAAAUUUUAGAUAAUAAUAAGACUAAGGUCGCUACAGGUAGAGGUAGGAUAGCAUGGGAAUAUUUCGAUCGCUUCGAGGAAGUAUUUGCCCGUGAUAAAAGUGUGAAACCUGUCAAUGUGGUGGCCUCUUCACAGCCGCCAAAGACACCAAUUGUUAUUACUGAAAAUGGAUCAUCACCACAAUCGACACCAACGCAUGCCUCAUCUGUACAAGCAUGUACGCCACAACUUUCAUCGAAGUGGAAACGAUUAGACGUUUUUCGUAAAAAACAAUUAGAAAUAGAAGCCAAGAAGGUAGAAGAGAUUAAAAACAUUAGAAUUCAAAUGGAGACCUUUAAUGAAAUUCAGAAGAAAAAAUUAGAUCUGUUCGAAAAAUAUUUAAAUUCACCUCCAAAUUCACAAACAUAACUUUUCUCAUGUUUUGUAAAAUGCUUAUGCUUACUUUGUAUAGCGACAUAUUUAUGAACGAAUAAUGUGUUUUAUUAUAAGUACAUAUACCUAUUACAA